AUGCACGACCAUGCUACUCCCAACGUUUCCAAGGGCCUUCUAUGCGCCGUCACACAAAGCGCGAGGCAGGGACCUCAGCCUUGUCCUCCCGUGAUGAGGCUGUCGCUCUCGAAGGGUCCUCUGAGUCAUGUCACUGUGACCAGUGGCCUGGAAAAAGGACAUGCACCGAAUAGCUCUAGCCCCUGCUAUGUUCUUUUCAACAGCGACAGAGAAGAGCUCGACCCCACAAGUCUCUUAAGUCCUGUUAGCGAGGACGUCCGCGCGAAGGGCAGCGCGACAGAUAAGGCAGCGACAACAGCAACAGGGCUCGCAGCUGCCAAAGGAACAGCAGUUGAGGAUCAGUCCGUUAGUGUUUUUUCUUUCUGGCACCGCCCGAGGGUUCUGAGAGAUUCCAAGGCGCAGGGAGUUGCUGCGCCUGCGCACAGCGCCGCCGGCGACAAUGCUGCAAAUGCAGCGACAGCAGCAGCAGCAGCAGUAAAAGGACCUCCUGUAGUGCUCCAUAUUCCUCCCGUGACAGGGGGCUGGGCCAGCCAAACGGACCACGAGGCCACGGAAAGGACAGCGCUCGCAGGGGCUGCUGUUGCAUGCGGCGAUUUGCUGCUGCUGCCACUUCCCUUAGGGGCUCUAGAUGGUCCGGCGUCGCUGCUUCCGCAGGUGCAGCCCCUGCCUAUACUCUUUCUAGCGAUGCAGCAGCAGAUGCAGCUGCGUAUGUUGCAGCAGCAGGACCUGCAAAGGCACCAUCACCAGCAAGCUCCGUCGCAACUCACAGAAGCAGUAAGCAGGAGUAAGCCGCUGGUGCUACUGCUGAGGGACCCUAUUUCUCUGCCCCCAGUGGCCUCCAGCAACCGUCAGGCUGCUGCCUUAAGAGAAGCCACAGCAAGCACUUUAAGGCUCCACGCAGCGCACGCAGCACUACGCCUGCUGGAGAAACAAUGGGGAAUGGUGGCUGCCGAGCUUGGUGCGGGCGACGCACGAGAUGAGCGACACCCGCAGCACUUGCAGCAAAAGCUCCAAGAGGAAGAAGCUGCGCCAGCCCGUGUGUCCGUGCCGGGCUUAAGAGAGCUGUUUUCUGUGCACGUUGUCUUCGUGCGGAGACCUAAUCAGCCGAAGACGAGGGAAGCUUCCACUUCUGUCAGUCCUGAUGCAAUUCUUACAGAGUGCACAGAAGAUGUGCGGCAGGUGCUGGCCUCUCUGCUGGCCGAGCAUCGCGCAAAAGAUGCAGAGCACGCCGGCCAGUCAGAACUGCAACAGCAGAAGCUGCAGUUUGCUGCUGCUGAUGAGUGCACCGGAGGUCGCACUGGCGGCGCGCUGCACCUAUUUGACACUGUUGCCACCGCCUGUAGGUCCCUCCUUGCUCCACCUGAAGCCACGAAACUGCUGCUGUCGACGCCAAGUGGAAGUACUCAAAGUGGGGCAUUGAAGCUUCAAGAACCGUUGAGCCAGACCGAUGCAGUCGCCUACGACGCUGAGAUGUUCAGAAGGAAGUUCCUCGCCAGAUUUAAGGCGGAAAUGGCGCAGGUUGAGGGGCCCCGAGAGGGGUUUGUUGUGUUGCACCGGGUGCUUCGGGACUUCGACGCAAGCUGCGCUUCAAGCGUUAAAAGGAAUUUACCGCGUGGGCAGAUGACAAAGGCGGCAGAAGCUUCCGUUGCAGAGGCUCGGCAGUCUCUAGCAGAGGAGGCAGUGAAGGAGCUUCGAGUACUGCACCGCCUGCAACUGGAAGCCGUUCGCUCGCUGGCAGUGCGACGCUUCGAAUUACAGCUACAGCAAUUGCUCAACAACAGAAGCGGUCUGCAGAAGCAACCCGAAAACAUAUAUGAGCUUACGAACCGCGUUUCUGACGCUGUUCGUAUGGCAGCCGAUAGCAUGCAGCAGUUUGUUCAAGACUACCAUCAGUCUCUGGGACCUGACGCAGUGCGGAAGCUGCUCCUAGACGACGAGGGUGCGACGCACGGAUGGCAAGGCUUAGGAGCAGCUCGGGAGAUAUUGGGGGCUGCAAAGCGAGUGGCUGCGGCAGAGCGCCGCCGUCUCUUGAAGGCACUUCGCGAACUUUCGGCGUCGGCACUGCAAGAAAAACAAUUGCUUUUGCUGCAUCAGCAACGCCAAGCAGGCCUUGGUCUGCUGCAGCGUUUUCAGCAGAAUGCGGUGAAUCGAUUUCUUGCGACGCGUCCAGGGGCGGUGGCGCGGAGGAGCUGGCUUCGCCUUAGCAGCACAGCAGCCGCAACAGGAAAUUACCUUAGAGAGCUACCCGGCCUGCGACUGCUAUGUGAGUCCCCAGUGGCCAAUAUGUGGCGUCAUAGAAAGCCCAUUGACAUUUCGUUUCACUAUUUAAGCCCCACGGCCUUCGGACUAUCCCCUGUCAGGGUUCCCCCCGUGCUAGCUGCGACAGACCUGAAGAAGCUCAAGGAGACUAUGGCGAUGGAACCCCCUGAGCGUAAGUAA